UUUGCAAUGCCCAUGUAGAUAGUGUAACUUGCUUAGGCUCGAAUGACGCGAACAAGAAAAGCAAAUUCGAAUUCGUUAGCGAGCUAGUCUCACGUAGCCGGAAUGGAUCGGGAGAUGGCAAAGUAUAGCACAACCCAGCGAGAUAGUUCCAUGAUAGUUAUCUGCAAUCGUAACUCGAAGGACAAUAUUUUUCUUUAGAUCGCAACAGGACGAUGUUAAUGUCGCACCCAUUUAAACGGCUGUAACGUUAGCAACAGGAGGAUAUUACAUGUUGCAUGACACAUCCAGUCAAAAAUAAACUUACAAAAACAAUUUGUGACACAUACUUGUUUUCUUUCUGUAUAUGGAUAUAAUGACUAUAGUUUAUUUUGCUUUCCUCCCCUGCUGAAAAAAAACUAGAUUUCGGAACAGCAGGUAGCUUCAAGUUGGUCAUAGCUGGAUUUUACACCAGGGUCUUGAUUUGGUCAAGAUACACAGUCAUGUCCGAUGUGGAAGACGAUGAGUUUUUACAAGGUGAAUCUGAAGGAGAAGAGUCUGUAAAAGAUGAAGAGGAACAGGAGGAGGAGGAGGAGAAGGAGGAAGAAGAGCCUGUGGCUAAACAUGAAGAACAGGUAGAGACCUGCACAGUGACGCAGGAAAUGGUGGAGCAGGGACUGUCUCUACUCUGUCGCACAGGGAAUGGCCUGUCUCAUGCCUUUGUAAAGCUGGACCUUAAGGAAAGACGUCUGACGGACCUCACUCUGCUCACUUCCUUUGUCCACCUGCGAUUUCUGGACAUUUCAUCCAACCUGGUGUCAGACCUGUCCCCUCUCACUGCACUGACCCAGCUGCUGUGGCUGAAGGGCGAUGGGAAUGUGAUCCAAAGGUUCGAAGGUCAGCCCCUCGGUCAGCUGGCCUACCUGCAGUGGCUCAGCCUCGCCCUCAACCGCAUCUGUGACCUGAAAGGCCUGGGAGGACCUUCUCUGGAGAGCAUAAACCUCAUUGGUAACAGCAUCGAGCGUGUGACUGGCCUGGAAUACAGCCGGCUCACUAAUCUGGUCACUCUGGAGUUGAGAGGAAAUCGACUGGAGAGUACAGAUGGCAUCUAUCUACCUAACCUUCGCAAACUUUACCUGGCACAGAAUGGAAUCAAGCGUCUGGAAGGUCUGGAUAGACUGGAGCACCUCACUACCCUUCACCUAAGGGACAACCAGUUGGAGACACUGGAUGGCAUUAAUUCCAAUAUGAAGGCCUUGCAGUACCUAAACAUUAGGGGAAACCAGGUGUCUUCUCCCCGGGCUCUGGUCAGCCUGGUUGAGGUGAUGAACACCCUGAAGUCACUGGUGCUGACGGAAAAUCCGCUAUCGGAGAUUGAGGACUACCGCCUGUUUGUGUUGUCCCGUUUGCCCAUGCUGGAGAGACUGGAUAAGGAGCAGAUUACCCCUGAAGAGAGAGAGGAGACCAAGGAGAGACACGGGGAAUUAGAAAAUGAAGAAGAUCUGGAAUAAGACUGGUUGUAAGCCUGUGUGAUACUGGGUGCCUGAUAGACUCUGGUAGAUAGAGUCUAUGGUCCUGGUUCCACAGGCCCCUCGCCUCCCAUUACUUACUGUGCAAAGAAGAACAGGGAUCUCGAGUGAACAGCAUUGCAUUUGUACUGAUCAUUGCAUAAAAAUAACAGAUUUUUAAUGUUGCAAGUGCUCUGUACCUUCUGAUCAAAAGAAUAAUGGACUACUCCACACUGUUGUUUGUUUUUUUAUUGAGAGCAUAAAGUGCUAAAAUCAUGCCUUAUUUCAAUUAAAAUAACUGUAAAAUAUCUGUGUGCUGUUGUGCAGUUGCCACUUUGCCAAACAAAUGCGUCUGUGGGUAUUGUGCUAGCUGAGAAUUAAAUUAAAGUUCACAUAUUUGUUUUACAUUCCUUAUGCAAGCAAAUAAUGUGAAAUUGCUCAAGUAAAGAAUGUAGCCAAGGCUGUGAAAAUUCAGGAUGUUUCACCUCACAGUUAAAAUAUAUGAUGGGAAGAUACUGAGCAGAUACUAUGGAUGAUAUAUAAAAUAAAGUAUACAUUUUUUACAAGAC